UCUUACAUCUUACAACGCUGCAAUCUCCUAAUUUCUCUCUCUCUCUCUCUCUCUCUCUCUCUUCCAAAUAUAUAUCUGCGUGUAUAUACAUAUAUACGAGUCUGCUCUGCAUGUUGAUUCCUACGAACAAACUUCUGAAGUUACGACUCAAGCCUUCUCAUGUACUGAAACAGUCUGUUUCCAUGCUCUCAUCAUUUUCUCUUCCUUUUCCACCCAACCAAACGGUAUCAUCAGCAUCCGUAGACGAUACCAUUUCUCGCAUAUCGCCUUUGAUAAACCAACCCAAUUGGGAACAAAGCAAUCCCCUAAAAUUACUGGUUUCUCACAUUCCUCCACACGCAGCUUCCAAUGUUAUUGCACAGUACAGUCACAACAUCGAGCUUGGGAUUCGGUUUUUUAGAUGGGUAUGCAAGCAAUCAACGCAUUGCUAUGAUUUAGAUAGUAGAAUUUAUCUAUUGAAGUUAAUGGUAUGUCGUGGUUUAUUUGUGAUUUCACAUAAAGCUAUGAUUUUUCUGAUCAGAGAGUGUAGUAAUGGCGAGGAUGAGAUUAUGAAGUUAAUGGAUGCGAUUGAGAACAUGCGGGAGAUUGGGUUUAGGCUUAAUUACCCUUGUUAUAGCUCUCUUUUGAUGUGUUUAGCUAAGUUGAGUAUGGGUUCUUCGGCAUUUUCGGUGUGUCGAAGAAUGGUAGAUGAUGGGUUUGUUCUUGGGGUUGUUGAUUACAAGUCUAUAAUUAAUGCCCUGUGCAAGAACGCAUUUGUUCAAGGAGCUGAGAUGGUUUUAUCAAGAGUUUUGAGAGUUGGAUUUGAUUUGGAUGUUCAUAUUUAUACCUCUUUGGUGUUGGGUAGUUGCAGGAAAGGUGAUCUGGUGGAGGCCUUCCGGGUGUUUGAUAUAAUGUCUGAAGAAGAUGGCUGUAACCCCAAUAGUGUUACAUACUCGAUACUGAUUCACGGUCUAUGUGAAACCGGUGGGAUUGAUGAAGCAUUUCGAUUGAAGGAAGAAAUGAGUAAAAAGGGUUGCCAACCAAGUACACGUACAUACACGGUCCUCAUCAAAGCCCUUUGUGACAUAGGAUUGACUGACAAGGCGUUAUGCUUGCUUGAUGAGAUGGCUAUGAAGGGAUGUAAACCAAAUGAUCACACUUACACUGUAUUGAUAGACAGGUUGUGUGGCGAAGGAAAGAUUGAGGAAGCUAAUGGGAUGUUCAGAAAGAUGUUAAAAGAUGGGUUGUUUCCUGGCACGGUAACUUACAAUGCAUUGAUCAAUGGUUAUUGCAAGGAUGGGAGGGUUGUCUCCGCUUUUGAGCUACUUAGUUCGAUGGAAAGGAGAAAUUGCAAGCCUAAUAUCCGCACCUACAAUGAGCUAAUGGAAGGGCUGUGUAGAGUAAAUAAACCUUUCAAAGCGAUGUUGCUAUUGAGAAGGGUUGUUGAUAAUGGCCUAUUGCCCAGCAGAGUAUCCUACAACGUUCUGAUUGAUGGGUUCUGCAGGGAAGGGCAACUUAGUAUGGCAUUCAACAUAAUGAAUUCAAUGGACACACUUGGCAUUGAACCUGAUUGUCUUACUUAUACCACAUUAAUUGAUGGGCUUUGCAAACAAGGGAGACCAGAACAAGCAAAUGGGGUCUUAGGUUUGUUGAUGAAGAAGGGAAUAUCACCUGAUGAAGUAGCAUUGACUGCUCUUAUUGAUGGGUAUUGCAGGAAUGGUGAAGCUGGAACUGCAUUUAUGCUUUUUGAGAGAAUGGUUGACCGUAGGCGUUUGAUGAGCCCGCAUAUUUUCAACUUAUUCCUUCAUGUUCUCAGCAAACAAAUUAGGGUGAACGAAACAAAUGCAAUGUUGGGGAAGAUGGUAAAGUAUGGUUUGGCUCCUUCUGUAGUGACUUACACAAUAUUAAUUGAUGGACUUUGCCGAGCAGGUAGUACUAGGCAUUCUUUAAACAUCUUAACACUUAUGAAACAAGUUGGUUGUCUCCCAAACGUUUACACUUACACUGUUGUCAUCUAUGGCCUUUGCCAACAAGGGAGAGUAGAUGAAGCAGGGGCUCUUCUCUUCAAGAUGUCUCUUUUAGGAUUGUCUCCAAACCACAUUACAUAUGCUAUAUUGGUAAAAGCACAUGUUAAAGCUGGUAGGUUGGAUUGUGCCUUUAAGAUUGUGAGGGCCAUGGUUAAAAGUGGUAGUCAACCAAACAGUCAUAUCUACUAUGCACUGCUUAUGGGGUUUGUCAUGUCAGGCAAAGCAACAAAUGAAGGAGCCAUAAGUUCUUUAGGUGGUUUAGGUGCUAAUUCCUCGCUUAUAAUGGAGAAUGAUGAUGAUUAUGUUUCCAAUCAUGUUUUCAGAGAAAUGGAUGUUGACAAUGCUUUUGAACUUCUAGAUAAGAUCAAGGAUUGCGUUGGUUCCACAGUGGAUUUGUAUAAUUUGUUAGUUAUGGGUUUGUGCAAAGUUGGAAGAAUGUCAGAAGCAGGUCAUCUUGUCCAAGAUAUGGUGAAAUGUGGUUUCUUUCCUGACAAAGCUGUCUCUUCUUUGAUCAUUCAGCACUUCUGCAAGGAGAAGAACUUUGAUUAUUGUCUCGAGUUCAUAAAACUAAUUUUCAAUAACGGUUUUAUUCCAUCUAUUUCAUCGUACUGUUCAGUGAUACUUGGCCUUCGCAAAGAAGGGAAGGUUCAAGAAGCCGAAAAACUGGUCUCUGAUCUCUUAAGAUAUGCUGAUGUUGAUGAGAAAGCUGCAGUAUCACCCUAUAUUGAGUUCUUAGUGAAGGAAGAUGAACCCUACGAAUUCCUUGAGGUUCUAAAACUUGUUGAGCAAAUGCAUCAGAAUGAGAGGCCAAUUAUUUAAUUUCUAAUCCCUUUUUUUGGGUAAGAAUCAAGCAGGCAACAUGAUGCAUCAGCCUUAGAUCAUUACCAAAUGUGGAUUAUUUAGUGAUGACAGCAUAGACAUCUUUAUGUCCAUAUUAAUCAUUUGAUGUGGAACUUGGGAGAUUGUUCAUGCCAAGAAGUUAUAUCUUCGCAGUAGGGCUGACAGUUGACUGGAAACAUGCAUGAUAGAUUCAUCAAGCAAAUUGAUGUUAUAAUUCUUUUAUCAAUUUUCCUUAAGGCAAUGUACCUUGACAUGCUGGGAGCUGAAGUAGCAUGCAACAAGCAAAACUUCAUCAAAGCUGAUAUAUCAAUUCUUGCUGGUUUAGUUUUUGGAGCUUUUGUUUGAGACAAUGCAAGAACAGCAACUGCUAGGCUUUCAAAGUGGUGCAGACCGAGAUACAAGCAUUUCGUCUAGGGCUAUCUCAUCAUAUCAAUCGAAAAGGCAUAGUCCUGAGGUACAAAAGAAUUGGACGCCUGCAUUGAAUGAAACCAUCUCUAUGGAAUCAGCUUGAAGUAAUGUUGCAUGGAGACCUGCUGGAGAGUCACAUAGAGCUAGCCGAGCACAGCGUUUAUGCGGCCGAGGGUAAAAGGUGGCAACAAGCUCGCCCAAGAUUCCAUCUUUGUGUUGCUGAGAGAGAGUGCAUUUCAGCCCAAGCUUGCAAGAAGCAGUGCUUGACGAGCAACAAGGCAAUAUGCUACUGCUGAAGGAGGGCAAGAUCUGUAUAUGAGAGUUUCGGCUUCUGAUUUAGGUAAAAUUCGUUGAAUUGGCCAUAAAAGGAACAAGCAAUGUGCUAAAUGCAUGUUUGAAGGCAAAAGUGAAGAAGGUGGUGGUGGUGUCAUCUGUUGCUGCUGUUAUGGUGAACCCUAAUUGUCCCACGGAUCAACCCAUGGAUGAAAAUUGUUGGAGCGACCCUGAAUUCUGCAAACAAUUGGAGAUUUUUCCUCUUCUGCUCUCCAGCCCUGUUCUUCUUCUUCCAUACCCUCGCUCCCGAAAUUGCUGCUCUCCAGGUAAGAUCACUCUUUUCAUUUUAUAUGGUGACUAUGUACUAGAUUUUAUUUGUUUAUAGAUUGUAUACAUUUUAUUUGGAUAUAAAUUGUAUAGAUUUUUUUAUAGAUUCUACAGAUUUUUUACAAAGAAUUUGGAUAUAGAUUGUAUAGAUUUUAUUUGGAUAUACAUCGUAUAGAUUUUUUUAUUUAUAUAUAGAUUUUUUACAAAGAAUCUGGAUUGUAUGCAUUUUUUAUAUAUAUUAUCUUUGUGAGUAUGUUUUUAUUUAGUUAGGUAAUGAUUUUAGUUUCCGCUUGAAAUUUCAGGAUUUUAUCUUUGUCAGUUUCCGCGAUACCUCUCUCUCUUUUUUAUUUUUAUUUGUGUUUGUGUUUGGCUAGGCAAAAGAAUAAUUUCUCCUAGGUUUCCUUUUCAUAAAUUUAAUUUUUUUUCUUUCCUUUUAAACAAAGCCCAAAGUAACUGAUAUGGGUUUGUAGAGUCGUACCUUAAGUUUGUGAGAUACAUGACCUGUGAAAUUUUGACAGUGCCAUAUGAAGCCCAAAGUAACUGAUAUGGGUUUGUAGAGUCGUACCUUAAGUUGGUGAGAUACACGACCUGUGAAAUUUUGAUAGUACCACAUGAAAUUGAUGUAUGUGGUGGUGACCAUUGUUUUUUACUGGGGUUAGAGAAAUAGACGUUUUGAUGCCCAUUUGUAAGGAAAAUGAGGAGUAGUGGUAGAUGGGGAAAAGAGAUGAGGGUAGUGAUGAAUCAUGGUAAGGGUAGCAAAUGAUUGUCAACACCAAAAUAAAGGGAAAAAGUUGUUAGACUGUUUAAAUGGCCCAUAGAAAUGAAUGGUUAGAAUUAAAAUAUCUAUUUCUCUACUCUCUCAAGCUCUGUAACGAUCUGCAAUCUAUCAAACAAUCUGAGCUCUCCAACACAGGUAUGUAAAUAUCUCUCUCUUUCCUCUCUCUCUCUCUCUCUCUCUUUCUCUCUCUCUCUCUCUGCUUAAUACUAAUUUUGUCGAUUUGAUGUUACUGGUUAGCAGAUUUGCACUUGUGAUUUGCUUCCAAUUAGGAAGAUUGUUUGAUAUCCUAUAUUCCCAAUUUAUCUAUCAAACGAUCUGAGCUCUCCAACACAGAUUUGGCCAGAGCAUUGGCUGCUCCAGAUACAGACCAUCCAAAUGGAACACCAGGCCAUAAGAAUUAUGGAUUGAGUGUUCUUCAGCAACAUGUGGCCUUUUGUGACAUGGACGACAAUGGAAUCAUUUACCCUUAGGAGACAUAUAUUGAGCACACUGAAGCUACCCAGUUCAUCUUCCCAAAAUCAUAAUGAGGGCAUAAUUUCUCAAACUAAGAUGACAAUGAUCCACUCUGGUACGUACCCUUUUCAAUUUUUUAAAUUUUUUUUUUAACAGUCAGUAGGAGGGGGAAGAGGCAAGGGGAAGUUGCAUCACGCAAUAGGUAAGACUCGAACCCAAACACCACCCCUGGCAAGGGAGCACCUCAUCUACUGGCCUAAUCCUUGGUCUUACUCUGGUACAUACUUCAUAGAGUCAAAUUUGAGAAAGUAAAGAGUCAGUAUUGUAACUUCAUUGUCACUGUGGCAUGAAAAGCUUUCUUUCCCUUCAAUAGUUUAGCAAACUCCUAAACAGCCUCACUAAGUUGGAACAAUUAGAAAUUCCGAUUCAUAGUCAAAUGUGAAGCAUGGCAUGAAUCUCUCGCUAUUACAAAUCCAGCAAUUUUGAGUUAAAAUUAGACUGUCUUUUUGGAGUUCUUUUUAAGAAUUCAGUGGUUCCUCUUGCACUGGAUAUUUUAUAUCACUGCUGCAAUUGGAUACACAAUAACGGCAUCUAUUAGUAUGGUGUGAGUAUAAUUUUAAUGGACU